AUGAAAGAUUUCCGGAACCCUUCGACCGUGUCCGCUCUCAGCUCGGCAACAGUUCUGCACAUCUGGCUCACGGGCAGGUGGAUGUCGGCGUUCGUGAUGGUGCCCAGCUCACCACUGCCUCGGCUUCUUAUUCAGGGUCUGCUCGAAGAGCGUGGUGACCACGUACCGGUCGCCCUUGUUGGAAAAUUUAAACGCCAUGAAAGAUUUCCGGAACCCUUCAACCGUGUCCGCUCUCAGCUCGGCAACAGUUCUGCACAUCUGGCUCACGGGCAGGUGGAUGUCGGCGUUCGUGAUGGUGCCCAGCUCACCGCUGCCUCGGCUUCUUAUUCAGGGUCUGCUCGAAGAGCGUGGUGA